AUGGACUUCAUAUUUCUCCACCCCUUUGUCCGUAGCACUGCCAUUGACAAAUGCAAUGGCACCAUCAUUGGAUCUGCUUUAGGCGACGUGGUUGGUUUAUAUACCGAGUUCCUUCCGGCGACAGAAUGUGAUCGGUCGUAUCCAGAUGGGAGAUUCUCUCUACAUCCACCUACGCCGUUUCGAGAGGAUAGCCAUCGUGAUAAGUUCGAAUUAGGUUCAUGGACAGACGACACCGAUCAAGCACUGCUCAUCCUCCUGGCCUUCCUAGACUGCAAAGGAGACCCAACCUUCGUACCCUUUGAGUUCGCCCAGAGGCUCAAAAUAUGGGUUCGGCAAGGGCUACGUGCAUUAGAUCGGUUGCCACUAGGGAUCGGGCAGACCGUUGGACGAGUCGCCCUUGAUCCCGAGUUCGGUUCGUCCGACAAGCUCUAUGCGGUCGCACUACGGCAGUGGAAGAUCGCACCAAAGGAUCGGAAACCCGCCGCCAAUGGCUCACUCAUGCGGACUCACCCCGUAGGCAUCAUGUGCGUUGGAAAGAGCGAAGACGAGGCUUUCGAAACGGCAACGGACAUCGGAAGGACGACGCACGUCGACCCACGAUGCGUCGUCUCGUGCUGCGUCCUCGUUGCCUUGGUCAGGGGGAUUGUGCGCGGGGAAGUGCUCGUCGAGCAGGAUAUCGACGCCGCGCUCCAUCGGGCCUGGAGGUGGGUCGACGAGAGGGAAACGCUCAACGAUCCUCGAAAAGACCCGACAGUCCAGGUCGAGGGUGAGGCCAAGCGUCAUGCAGAGGCGUCGAGUUGGUGGCUCCGCGAGGAGUUUGACCGGCAUACCCACGCAGACUCGUUCACCGCUCUCGAGCUGGAUGAUUCGCAGAAGAUGGGGUACGUGUAUAAGGCGCUUGGAUCGGCCAUCCUAUCAUUACGAUUUGCCAUGCGCGGCGAACUUACGACUAAUUCCGCUCCCGAGGACGCCCGAUCUGGUGGAAACGGGUUCGAAGCCAUCAUUUCCUCCCUCGUCAUGCACGGCGGCGACGCGGAUACGAACGCCUGCAUCGCGGGAGCGUUGCUGGGAGCCUGGUUUGGGUAUGCCGCGCUGCCGGAAAACUGGAGGACCGGACUGGUUCAUGGGAAUUGGCUGCUGCGCAAGUCGAUGAACUUGGCUGGAUGCGUGGGGAUUGCGCCCGUGACGGAGGGAUGGGUGCCCAAUGAGGCGGAUACCGCGAGAGAUGGAGGACGAGGGCAGAUCAGCCAGGCAGAGGUGGACAAUCUAGAAAGGGCGUUGAUAGAGCGAAUGCUCCUCAAGGCGCAGGCCAGGCGUGAGGCUGAGAGACUCCGGGAGAAGGGAAACAAGGGAGAGGGAGCAGGCAAAUGGUUCCGAGGGCUCAAUAUGAGGUGA